AUGCUUUCCGGCGAAACAGCUCUACCAGAUCAUCCUUACAAUGGUAUCGACUUCGUUUCCGUGAGUGAGGCGCUAAACCCCGACCCGGGCACCGAAGCCGAUUUCAGGGUUCAAGGCAUAAACCCCUUUGCAUUUACCGCGGGCCAGCUGAAUAAAUUCCUGAACCCAAAGUCCCUCGCAGCGUACAAGGCUGUUGGUGGAGUGCGAGGGCUGGAGAAAGGAUUACGGACGGAUUUAGUUGCUGGGUUAAGUGUGGACGAGGUGACAUUGGAGGGGGCAGUUGCUCCCGUGGAACAUCAGUUUGAGGACCGCAAGAGGAUUUUCAAGGAUAAUACCUUGCCCGCGAAGGGUGCCAAGAGCAUUUGGAGACUUAUGUGGGAGCAGUACCAGGACAAAAUUUUGAUUCUGUUGACUGUUGCGGCUGUCAUUUCGCUGGCUUUGGGCUUGUAUGAGACGCUUGGCGUCAAGCAUCCGGCUGGGUCACCGCCCUCGGUCGACUGGGUGGAGGGCGUUGCUAUUGUCGUGGCUAUUGUUAUCGUGGUUCUGGUUGGAUCUUUAAACGACUUUCAGAAGGAACGUCAGUUUGUGAAACUAAACACGAAGAAAGAGGAUCGAGUGGUUAAGGCUAUUCGGUCUGGAAAAUCAGUACAGAUAUCGGUUCACAAUAUUAUGGUUGGUGAUGUAUUGCAUUUGGAACCCGGCGAUAUGAUUCCUGCCGAUGGUAUUUUCAUUACUGGUCAUAGCUUGAAGUGCGACGAGUCCAGUGCUACUGGCGAGAGCGACCAAAUGAAGAAGACUCCCGGAGAAGAGGUUAUGAGACAGAUCGAGGCUGGAACUGCGUCUUCCAAGUUGGAUCCUUUCAUCAUUUCCGGUUCGAAGGUUCUGGAGGGCGUUGGCACUUAUGUGGUCACCUCUGUUGGUGUCAAUUCCAGUUUUGGCAAGAUCAUGAUGGCUCUUAGACACGAGGCUGAGGCCACACCUCUUCAGGUCAAACUAACCGGACUGGCUGAUACUAUCGCUUAUCUUGGUGGAGGCGCUGCUUGUCUUUUGUUCAUUGUUCUGUUCAUCAAAUUUUUGGCUCAUCUCCCCAACAACAAUGGUACCCCUGCUGAGAAGGGAUCCGAGUUUUUGGAUAUUCUUAUCGUCGCCAUUACGCUUAUCGUUGUUGCCGUUCCUGAGGGUCUUCCUUUGGCCGUCACCCUUGCCCUCGCCUUCGCCACCACUCGCAUGUUGAAGGAGAACAACCUUGUUCGUGUGCUUAGGGCUUGCGAGACCAUGGGAAAUGCCACCACUAUCUGUUCCGAUAAGACCGGCACUCUUACACAGAAUAAGAUGACUGUAGUUGCUGACCUCCUCCUCCAGGUGAGGAGGAUGGCGUUUUCGCCUUCAUCGGAUCCAAGACUGAAACCGCGCUUUUGA